AGGAGGGCCCGCAGCGGGAGCUGGAUUGGGUUGCGGUCUCCUGUGAUUUGGUUUUGGCUGCCCCGUCCCUGGCAGCUUCCAAGGCCGGGUUGGACGGGGCUCGGAGCAGCCUGGGGUAGUGGAAGGUGUCAGGGGGGUGGGACGAGAUGAUCUUUAAAGUCCUCUCCAACCCAGGCCCUUCUGUGAUUUUGUGUUUACAGAAAUGAAAAUCAGGUAACAAAACCCCAACAAACCAAAAAAAUCACACAAGGACAGAGUUCACUGAAAUGUGAGAAUGGCCAAUUCUUUAAGAGGUGAAGUGAUAAAACUGUACAAAAAUCUGCUGUACCUUGGAAGGGAGUAUCCCAAAGGAGCAGACUACUUCAGAAGCCGUUUGAAAGCCGCUUUUCUAAAAAACAAAGAUGAGACAGACCCUGAAAAAAUCAAGCAACUGAUUGCCCGGGGAGAAUUUGUUAUGAAGGAGCUGGAGGCUUUGUACUUCCUGAGGAAAUACCGAGCCAUGAAGCAGCGCUACUACAGCGACGACAAGCCCUGACUGUGCCUGUAACCACACACACCCAGGAAAGGUAACAACAAAAGAGCUCUGACUGGCUAACAAUAAAAGAGCUCUGACUGCACAAGAAGUGAAAUGUAAAUCCUUCCAACCCCUCUAGAGCACAAAUCAGGGAGCUGCUUUCCCGCCAGGAGUCACUUGAGGGGUUUGGAGUGUGCAGGUUAAGGGGUAAUCAGUUUUCCUCUGUUGCUUUUGACCUGCUCAGACUAUAACUUCAGGUAUGAAAUGGUUUUGCAGGAAGGAGUGGUUAUACAGCCCUGUUCUGUUUCACUUCAAUGCAUGUGUUGAACAGAAACUCUUCUUACCCCCUAGCUGGGUGUUUGGGUGUCAGUUCAAGGUGCUGUGCUUGUUACCUGAAAGAUGACCCUGAGGAUAAAAAUCCUUCAUAUUGAAAGAUCUGUUUCCCCUGGAAAUGAGCACCCCCUCAAAAGUGAAGUUCCCAGCCCUGGAGAGGGAGUGCUGUGUUCAGUUCUGGUCUCCACAGUUCAGGAAGGACAAGGAGCUACUGGAGAGGAUCAAGCAGAGGCCAUACACGUGAGGGGUCUGGAGCAUCUCUUGUGAGGAGGGACUGCAAGAGCUGGGCCUGUUCAGUCCAGAGAAGAGAAGACUGAGAGAGGAUCUUAUCAAUGCAUAUAAAUAUCUCAAGGGUGGGUGCCAAGAGGAUGGUGCCAGGCUCUUUUCAGUGGUGCUCAGCAACAGGACAAGGAGCAGUGGCCAUAAACAUAAAUGCAAGAAGUUCCACCUCAGCAUGAUGAAGAAUUUCUGUACUCUGAGGGUGGCAGAGCCCUGGAACAGCUGCCCAGGGAGGGCCUGGAGUCUCCCUCUGUGGACAUCCCAAACCUCCCUGGACUUGUUCCUGUGUCACCUACUCCAGGUGAGCCUGCCUGGGCAGGGGGGUUGGAUUAAAUGAUCUCCAGAGGUCACUUCCAGCCCCGACUAUUCUGUGGUUCUGUGAAAGAAAGUUCUUGAAUUUUUUAGCCUCAUCUGCUCCACUUGCAGAGGCACCACCUUGCUGUGUCAGGGAGACACUGCGGGGUCAGGAAAGGGGCAUUUGAACAAUAGUGCUUUAAGCACUUGGGCCCUGAAGACAAUUCCUGCUACUGCUGAGUUCUGCUGUUGUGGAACUGCUGCAGUAGGAAUAGAAAAUUUGAUCUUUGCCCCUGGAAGAGAAGUUUGGCCAUGGCUCUUUGCUCCAGGCUGUCUCUGUAGGCCUUGGCUCGACGCACGCUUGUGUCAGAGCUGAUACUCUGUUGGGUUGGUUGGGUGUUUCCACCAACUAAAUGACACUGGAGAAAUAAUCUUUGAAAAAUCGGUAAGGAAUGACUGCAGUAGGGCUGUUGGCAGUAGCAAGUCUUCACACUGGCACUAAGGAGUGUUUUAAGGUCACUCAAAGAAUUGCCAGCAAAGGCAUCAGCAAAACCAGGUUUAAUAUAAAAGUGGAAGUGUGACAAAGUCCAUUCAACAAGGUUCACUCCACCCUUUACUAAGUGGUUAAAGCACAGAGAGAAAAAGCAAACUAAAAUCUACAAUCAAUCAACCUAAAACCAAAAUCAACCAAUACGUAUCUCUGAGGAUGCUGGGGAUACAAAACUGGUAUGGAUGGAAAAGGGUUUAGAUAAAAGGAAUAACAGAGAUGCUCCUGUUGAAUCACAACAUUCAGAGUGGACCCCAAAACUGAGUGCCAGAUCUGACCAGUGGUUUAUGCCUGAAGUUUUGACAGCACUUAAACUUAACAGCACACAGUCCAUAGUUUAAAACAAAUAAACUAGAUUCAUACAGAAUUUCUUAUAAGCACAACAGCAACUCACUCAGAGGCCUGAGUUACCUGCCAAUCUACAGUACUUAGAAUCUGAGAGCACGAUCCAUUGUACAUUUUGUACAGCAUAUCCACACUCACAGACAGUCCUGAAGGAGUAUGUACAAGGUAUAAAAUUCCCGUGGAAUUCACCGAAGCACUGACCUUGGGUACCUCCUGUGCAUCUUGUCAGUAGCUGAAGGGUUGAGCCCCAAGGAAGGGCAGCAUCAUUCCAUGCUGUUGUCACUGCUGCUCCUCCAAAUACAGCAAACAAGAGUUCACUGGCUCUGAGGGGCCACACACAGGGAGAUUCUGGUCACUGCCCACUGCACUCCAGGAGAGCACCCAGGGCCUCACUCAGGCCCACUCUUUAUAGGGUCAACAAGAGAGGUGGGUUUAGUCACAGAAAUUUUCCAUCCUGACCACAAUCCAGGUUGAUAACUUCCUUUGAAAGUUCAAAAGCGAAAAUGCUGUUCCACUGGCAGUGUUCUUCAGGCAGGCAAAGUAAGGUUCCAAGGCUGUUCGUUACAAAGCAGGAGCUCUUCAGACAGUCCCAGUUCCUGGGAACUGUUCCUGAAGAGCUGCAGAGGGUCUCACAGCCCAGGUGCUGCACGAGCAUUUCUGAGAUCACAGCUGGCCUGAGGAGGAGGGAGGGGAUGCAGCACCAUCCUCAAAGAAUUCUAAGACAGAAUUUAAAAAGCGAUGGCAGAAUACAGUACCUUGUGAUGAAAUGCAUAUGCUCCAUUUUCUGCCAUCACACUGAUGUGAAAAACUUUCCACAUCAACUGAGCUCUGCACUUGCACCUGCUGUGAGCAGCUGCCCCUCUCAGAGACAGGGACAGCAGGAGGGGAAGGAAUAGCAGCUCUGGGACAGGCGGCACCAGCAAAAGUACAAGAAAGAAUGGAGAACAACUGCUAAGCAUGUGGAAUUCAUGGGAUGCUCUGUUACCCGAAAUUCUUCAGGAAAAGGAGGAAAAAAACUAGGACAGACACUCACAAUAACUAUUUUUUAUUACAUUACAAUAAAUAGGAGCAGUACAGUUGGACAAAAAAAUGACAAAUUCCAGAUCACCUCACAGCACAUACUCCUAAAAACAUUAAAAAUUUUAAAACAAACAGUGGUCUUUUUUUUUUUUUCUUUUUUUUAACUUAAUGUCUGGCAUGACCAACAUUCCUAGGUCACACAACCAAAUUAUGGAAAAACUGGAUCACACUGCAUAUGUUCCACAUCAAAUAAAGCACAAUGUACAAAAUGUGCAUGUUUCAGUUUACACUAUACAAAAAUAGUUAAAAUACAUUCCAGGUAAACAUAUUACAUUAAGAAGUCAUUCUAGUAAGAAGUUGGCACUCAAGAGGAAAAAGCAGAAGUAUUUUCAACAUGAAAACACAAGACAGUGGAAUAAAGAAAUGUUAGGAAAGAUUUACCAUCUAUGUAGCUUUAUGUAAACUUGAGACACAAUGAUUUGUUUUACAGUUUGAUGGUCUUUGAAGGUAAUAAUUGUAUUGCUUCAUAGUCUAGACAAGAGCAGAAGAUUGUGUGUGUCAGUAUUUACCCAUUAUCCUGUUACUGUAACAAAGCCCACACAGCAAAAAAGUAGCAAGAAAAUUCAGGGCACCAAAACUGGUCAGAACAAUUCCUUUUGGGGUGAACCAAGGAUCCAGGUAUUUGGCAGAGUUACAUAAAGCUACUGUAAGAAGGUGUUACUCCCUGACACAUGGCAGCUGGACGUGGUGACAUGGGCAGUGAGUCCCAGGCUCGCUCAGGAGCUGCUCUCAGGACGCAGCACCCAGGGGUGUUCUGUGGAAGCAUCUCAAACAGGGCACGGCAGUGAUGACAGCAACUUGUGCAAGCUGCAAUCCAACGUGCUUCACCAAAUCUCAACAAACAGGAAGACAAAACUGCACAACAGUGGCAAAGAUGGGGUUGGGCUGGGUUUUUUGUCGAGUAAAUAAGGGCUAAUCUAAAUGGAUUUUGUACUAAUUUAAUUUGACUGGCAGCUACAGCUCAUUUUUGCUGAAAACCCCCAACAUUGGUUCAUAUAUAGCUUUAUAGUAGAGCUAUAGAAAUCCACUUUUGAUGAAUAAGACAUUUCAGCUACAAAUUCUCCUAACAGUUUUUAGUUAAAUUAACAUCAGAACUUUAGACCAGCCCUAAUAUGACAUGCAGUGUGACUCAGUUACCAAAAUUAAAGUAACCUUAAGAUUACUUCCAUUUGCUCAAGGCUUACAACCCACUUUUGCUACAUUCUUCAUGUAUUAUCAAGAGUGUAUAAAAUGUGCAAAUAACUGUCUCCAACACAUUUUAACCUUGGAAGCUCUGAAAUAUUUUGUGACAUUAAGAAUCUGUUCUUACUCCUUAUUGGUCCUUACAGUAUAAAGUUAGGUUCUCCUGUUUAUCAGAGUAUUUCAUAACCUACAUUUCACAUUGAAGCUGAGAGGAUUGGAGGGGUCUGGAGUUUGGUGAAGGGUGGGAAUGGGGGGCACAGGCAGGGAAAGGCCUGGUUUCUCCCAGACACAAUGAAAUUAAAUAAUAUGGAGCAAUCCAGACACUCUGUGUUCCCUGCCAGCUUUGCAGGUCCCCACCUACAACAAUCACUCUGGGAUUUUUUUUUUUGUAGAAGCAAAAUAAUACUUUUCACAGAAAUGGUCCGAGUUACACAGUGCAAUUUUUACAUACCUGUGUAAAAUUGCCAUGGAACACCUUAGGUUAGGACAAUGCUGCUAUUCCCUGUUCCAAAUUUUCCAGUGUCCUGAACUAUCCUACUUCAAUGUCUCAUGUUUUAUUUUUUGGGUACACCAGAGUCACACCUUCCAGUGUCACUCUGCAAGCUGAGUUAGCUCCUGUGAAGAAGUGCACCUUCAGGGACCAAAGCCCUCCUGAAACAAACAACUCCACAUUUACAGGGAAACAACUGGAAACACUGGAACUACUGGCUCAUACUUCAGUGGAUAACUAGGCUACUGCAGUACCAAAAAGUGAAAGCUCCUGCAAAAAUCCUGCAUUAAUUCCAAUCAGAAAAAAAAGUGGGGGGAGAGAAGAACAAAAAUCACAAGAGAACUUAAUCACAGAGAAACACAACAUUAAACUCUUGGUGUAGCUUCAUGACAGUCUAGACACUGGAAUGCCACUCACCAACCAUUGAAUCAGUACUUCACAGACAUCACACAAACAACACUGACUCUGGAAAUCAUGUUCUAUGCUGACAGAUUGUGCAAAUUCCACACCAUUUCCAUGGCAUAGUGGAUUUCCAAAUUAUUUGCAAGAAGCAGCUAAAUUCAACUCUUUCAUUCACUCACUGAUGUUGCUAGAAUUUAGAAUUUCUCCCCUAUUUUGCACAAAAUGGGCAUUGGGAAAUAUUUAAUGCCACUCUUGGGGGGGAAAAAAAGAAUGGUUUUACUCCACUAUGUAAUUUAGGAUUGAUUCUGAUUUAAUUCUUAUGGUAGAUUCUGGAUCCAUGUAUGAAUUAACCUAAGAAUUUGAAUCAACUUCUCUGUUAAGGCAUUCUAGUAUUUCCUAGGGACACUCAGGGUGAAAUCCUGACCCUAUUGAACAAAGCUACUCAAAGCUUUGACACAGGGGGAUUUUACCUUGCUCUUCAGACACAAAAAGUCAGUGAAGCACUUAAAGCAAUGCAUUAACAAUAGCAAAUCAACCUAAUUAGAACUUUUACUUUUUCCAUUGCCAGGUGUGCAUUGUUCUCUUUUUAAUUUUUUUUCUUUUUUUAAAUUUUUUU